AUGCCUGGUGACGCUUUUCUAUUGGAGCGCAUCGAGGCUAACGUGAUCAUGUACUCUGAUUUGGAGUCGGACUACAUUAAUCCUAUCGAUCUCUGCAACAAGCUAAACCAGUUUACGCUCCCUGAGAUGGGUGCCCAGGCUUUUCUUUCUGUGCUUUUCUUGUUUACGGGACAAUGGUUCGCACUUCUCAUUAACGUUCCUCUCGUUGCUUAUAACGCCAACAAGUAUGUUCUUGCUACCCACUAA